GCAGCUGCCACCCGGCUGCCGGGCCCGGGCAGACGACACCUCCCGCGGCCGGGCACGCACGGCGCGCACCCUCUCUCCAAACAAUGCUUGGAGGCGCCCCGCGGGGCAGCUGGCUACUCGGCGACCGGCGGCGAGGCUGGAGGAGCGCGGCCCCGAGGAAGCUGCCCUGUGAACCCCAUCCACCUCCUGUGAGAGGAGCCAGGCACAAGAUGAACCAGCCCCCCGUUCGCUGCUCAAGAUGCACCAGACCAUCCCACUGAACCCCGAGAGCCCAAAAAUGUCCGCGUGCAGCGACUUUGUGGAGCACAUCUGGAAGCCCGGGUCCUGCAAAAACUGCUUCUGCCUGCGCAGCGACCACCAGCUGGAGCCCGGCCGCCCCCAGCCCCGAGCGAGCAGCCUGCCCCCUCCGCCUCGCUUGCCCCCCAGGCCCGAGAACGGGCGCCUGGAGGAUGACAGCCUGAGCAGCUCGCCCUACUCCAAGCCCACCAUUGCUGUGAAGCCCACCAUGAUGAGCUCCGAGGCCUCUGAUGGGUGGACGGAGCCCGGCGUGAGUGCUGACGUCGCACAGGUCAUCUGGAGACGAGCCCCCGGCAAGCUCCCCCUCCCGAAGCAGGAAGAUGUGCCACUAGUUUACCUGGGCAGCUUCCGAGGUGUCCAGAAGUCUGCUGGGUCCUCCACCCCUGCAGACAGCCAGCCUUGCUGCCCCCCUGCCUGUGCCAUGGUCGGCCUACACAGCAUAGAGCCCCGGGGGGAACGGAGUGCCUCCUUCCACCCGCUGAGCUUCCCAGAUGAGAAGCUUGGACAAGAGGAUAAACCCACGAUUCCCUACCAAGAGCUGACCUCCACUCAGGAGAGCUUCCGCCAGAAACUUGCUGCCUUUGCUGGGAUGACAUCUGGCUGCCACAAGGGCUCCGGGUCCUACCCUUCUCCCCAACCCCUGCAGGAGUCCCUGCCCUCGGAGGAUGACAGCGAUCAAAGGUGCUCACCCUCAGGGGACAGCGAAGGGGGAGAAUAUUGCUCCAUCCUGGAGUGUUGCCCCGGGAGCCCAGGAGUAGAGGAUACCUCACAGGCGGAGGGCUCCCGACACAGACAUGGCGGCAGGGACUGCUUACCAGCGUGCUGGGAGCAGGGCGUGUGUGCGAGGCCAACCCAGGAGGAGAAGCGGGCUUUGAGCUUCCCUAGGGAGUGCUGCAGCCAGGGCCUGGCAGAGAACCCGCCCCGUCUGGGCUCCAAAAAGCAGUCCCUCACCUCAGAGGCUGCCAGCUCUUCGGAUGGUCUCUCCUGUGGGAGUGUCAGCAGCCGUGCCAGCAGCCCCUUGAGCCCCCACGUCGAGAGUGAUUACUGCUCCCUUAUGAAGGAACCUGGGUCUGGGAAGCAGCAGGACCCUGGCUGCCACAGGGUGGCCUCUAGCAGGUGCCUUGGGCUGACUGUGGAGCCCCAGCCCCCAGCCCCCUCCAGGGAGGCUGCACAGCCUGAACCCAUCUAUGCUGAGAGCACCAAGAGGAAGAAAGCUGUUUCAAUGCCUUCCAGGCCACAGGCCAAGGCAGAACAGGCAGCAGCUGCCCAGGGCCAGGGCCAGGGCCAGGUGCGGACAGCAAAUACCUGGGCUCAGAAAACAGCCUCUGGCCGGGGCCAGGACAAGGAAGGCUCAGAUAUGGCCCCCCAGGUGGCAGCCACCAUCACAGUCAUGGCAGCCCACCCAGAAGAGGACCACCGGACAAUCUACCUGAGCAGCCCAGACUCCUCAGUGGGGGUACAGUGGCCACGUGGGCCCCCGAGCCAGACCCCUGAGGCAGGAGAAGAGAGCCCUUCAGCAGGUCAGGGGCUUAGCUCCAGGGAGAGCCACCAUCUUGGUGCCAGUGAGAACACGCCCAAAGGGAGACCUGCCAUCCCCCCUAAGCUGUCCAGGAGCAGCCCUGGAGGGUCUCCGGUGUCCCCCUCUGCCUCCCCACUGUCCGACCUCAGCGAAGGGAACUCCAGUGUCCCUGGGCCCCAGCGUCCAUCCAGGGGCCCUGCUGACCCCACUUCUUCCUGCCAGGCCAACAGUGUCCCCACCAGUGACUCUGUCAGAGGCCCCCCAUCUGGCACCACCACAUCAGCCUUGGACCAGAGGCGGCCCCGGUACCAGACCGGGGCCUGGAGUCGCCAGUGCCGGAUAGAGGAAGAGGAGGAGGUGGAGCAGGACUUGCCGAGCCAAAGCUGGGGAAGAGAGGUGGAAAAUGGCCCCACGGACCCCUCCAACUCCUCCACCUUGCACCACCUUCGCCCCAUAGAUGGCACCUCUGGGCAGAACAACAAAGCUGGGACCGGGAUGAGCAAAUCAGCCUCAUUUGCCUUUGAGUUCCCCAAGGACAGAAGUGGGAUUGAGACAUUCUCACCUCCCCCGCCACCUCCUAAAUCACGGCACCUUUUAAAAAUGAACAAAAGCAGCUCUGAUUUGGAGAAAGUGAGCCACGGCUCCGCCGAGAGCCUUAGCCCAUCCUUCAGGGGUAUCCACAUCAGCUUCACCACAGGCUCCACCGACAGCCUGGCCUCAGACUCCAGGACUUGCAGUGACGGAGGCACAUCAUCUGAGCCACCGCACUCACCCAUCAGCAGUGGAAAGAAGCUCUUUGCCCCUGUUCCGUUUCCUUCGGGUUCGGCUGAGGAUGUGGCCCCCAGUGGCCCCCUGCAGCCCCCACCUCUGCCCCAGAAGAAGUUAGUGAGUCGGGCUGCCUCUUCGCCAGAUGGCUUCUUCUGGACCCAAGGCUCCCCCAAGCCAAGAACUGCCAGUCCCAGGCUGAACCUCAGCCACUCGGAAACCAAUGUCUGUGUCCACGAGGAGUCCCACUUUGGUGACUCCUCAGGCCCCGGCCACCGCCACCAGCACAUCUUCUCCGCUUCCGAGCCUCUGGAGAAAACGUUCAAAGGCAGCGGCCACUGGGGUCCCUCCCGGGGGCUGGCGGGCAGCGGAAGCCUCCAGGGCAAAGGAGUCACCUUGGCCUCGGCCUCCCAGCUGAGUGUAUCUGGCCAGGCCUCUGCGGGCAGCACCCAGCUUCAGCUCCACAGCCUCUUGAGCAGUAUUGGCAGCAGGGAGGGCACCUAUGCCAAGCUGGGGGGGCUCUACGCCCAGUCCCUGGUCCGCCUCGUGGCCAAGUGUGAGGACCUCUUCAUGGGUGGCCAGAAAAAGGAACUGCACUUCAGCGAGAAUAACUGGUCCCUUUUCAAGCUGACCUGUAACAAGCCCUGCUGUGACUCGGGGGAUGCCAUUUAUUACUGCGCCACCUGUUCUGAGGACCCCGGCAGCACCUAUGCUGUGAAAAUCUGCAAAACCCCUGAGCCCAAAGCAGCCUCCUACUGCAGUCCUUCUGUGCCAGUGCACUUCAACAUCCAGCAGGACUGUGGCCACUUUGUCGCCUCCGUGCCCUCCAGCAUGCUCACCUCUCCGGAUGCACCCAAGGUCCCUCUGCCUGCGCUGCCCUCACACCCCCCUUCCCAGGAGCAGGACUGCGUGGUGGUCAUCACCCGAGAGGUGCCCCACCAGACCGCCUCGGACUUUGUGCGGGACUCAGCCACCAGCCAUCAGUCUGAGCCCGAGGUUUAUGAGCGGCGCGUGUGCUUCCUGCUCUUACAGCUCUGCAACGGGCUGGAGCAUCUGAAGGAGCACGGGAUCAUUCACAGAGACCUGUGCCUGGAGAACCUGCUGCUGGUGCAUUGCGUCCCCCAGGCCUCCCCUGGCCCCUCCCCCGCUCCCUCUGCCCCUCCCACCACCAUAUCCCCUGCCCCUGCUGCUACCCCUUCCUCUUGUCCCUCUGCCGCCCUCCCAGCCAGCGUCACCCCGACCCCGCCAGCUGCCCCCGCCUGUCAGGGAGGGCCCAGUGAGAAGCACUUGCCCCGACUCAUCAUCAGCAAUUUCUUGAAGGCCAAGCAGAAGCCAGGCAGCACCACCAACCUGCAACAGAAAAAGAGCCAGGCCCGCCUGGCCCCCGAGAUCGUGUCUGCCUCCCAGUACCGCAAGUUUGAUGAAUUCCAAACAGGCAUCCUCAUUUAUGAGCUGCUCCACCAGCCCAACCCUUUCGAAGUGAGGGCCCAGCUGCGGGAGCAGGACUACCGACAGGAGGACCUACCCCCACUGCCCGCCCUGUCCCUCUACUCGUCAGGCCUGCAGCGUCUUGCCCACCUGCUGCUGGAGGCCGACCCUAUCAAGCGCAUUCGCAUCAACGAGGCCAAGCGAGUGCUGCAAUGCCUGUUGUGGGGGCCCCGGCGGGAGCUGGUAGAGCAGCCGGGCACGUCGGAGGAGGUGCUGUGCACCACGCUCAACAACUGGAUCGACAUGAAGCGGGCCCUGAUGAUGAUGAAGUUCGCGGAAAAGGCCGUGGACCGCCGGCGUGGGGUGGAGCUGGAGGACUGGCUUUGCUGCCAGUAUCUGGCAUCUGCAGAGCCCUUAGCCCUUUUACAAUCGCUGAAGCUCCUGCAGCUUCUGUGAGGCCGUCCCUGGCUUCUUCCUUACCCAACCCCCUUCCUGCACCCCCCUGCCCUGCCUUGCUUUGGAAACACCUGUCGCUCCUGGGAAAUGGUACAAAUGACUGCGUACUUAGAUGUAAUAUAUAUAUAAAAAAUGUAAAUACAAAA